AUGUCCACCCUUGAAGAGCUCGAUGACCUUGAUCGUCGGGACCAGGAUGAGAAGAAGAGAGAUGACCGCAAGAAGGACAAGGACAGCAAGAAGAGCAAGGAUGGAGACGAGGAGAUGAAGGAAGCUGAUGAGGAGGAUGACGUUCUCGACGAGGAGAUCUUGAGCCUCAGCACACAGGACAUCCAGACGAGGAAGCGGCUACUCGAAAACGACUCCAGAAUUAUGAAGAGCGAGCUAUCCCGGUUAUCACACGAGAAGGCAGCUAUGGGGGAGAAGAUCAAAGACAACAUGGACAAGAUUGCCAACAACAGGUAUGUCACCAUACGCCAACUUGAUCGCAAUAUAAGCUAACAUACCGUUCAAGACAACUACCCUACCUGGUCGGCAACGUGGUUGAACUGCUCGAUCUCGACCCCACUGCCGAAUCAUCGGAGGAAGGUGCAAAUAUCGACCUGGAUGCUACGAGAGUGGGCAAAUCGGCUGUGAUCAAGACAUCGACGCGACAGACUAUUUUCCUGCCCUUGAUCGGCUUGGUCGACUCCGAUAAGCUUAAGCCCGGCGAUCUUAUUGGUGUUAAUAAGGAUUCUUAUCUGAUCUUGGACACCUUGCCCGCCGAGUACGACAGCAGAGUGAAGGCGAUGGAGGUCGACGAGAAGCCCACAGAACAGUACGGUGAUGUGGGUGGCUUGGAUAAGCAAAUCUCGGAGCUGGUUGAAGCUAUUGUCUGGCCCAUGAAGGAAGCUGAACGCUUCAAGAAGAUCGGAAUCAAGGCACCAAAGGGUAGGUUAUCAGAACAUUGUGUUUUUGGAAGUAGCUGCUGACCUCAACACCAUAGGCGCUCUGAUGUACGGCCCCCCCGGUACCGGAAAGACCCUCCUCGCGAGAGCUUGCGCAGCCCAAACAGACGCCACUUUCCUCAAGCUGGCAGGUCCUCAACUGGUACAGAUGUUUAUAGGUGACGGUGCCAAGCUGGUUCGAGACUGCUUCGCCCUCGCAAAGGAGAAGGCGCCAGCAAUCAUCUUCAUCGACGAGUUGGAUGCCGUUGGUACCAAGCGUUUCGACAGUGAAAAGAGUGGUGAUCGAGAAGUCCAGCGUACCAUGUUGGAGCUGCUUAACCAACUGGACGGUUUCGCCUCGGACGAUCGAAUCAAGGUCCUCGCCGCCACCAACCGUGUCGAUGUCCUCGACCCUGCCCUUCUCCGUUCUGGUCGUCUGGACCGCAAGAUCGAGUUUCCUCUACCAAACGAGGAGGCACGUGCACAGAUUCUCAAGAUCCACUCGCGUAAGAUGAAGCUCGUUGACGGAGUCAACUGGGGUGAAUUGGCCCGCAGCACAGACGAAUUCGGUGGUGCUAUGCUCAAGGCCGUCUGUGUCGAAGCUGGCAUGAUUGCUCUACGGUCCGGAAAGAACAAGAUUGGCCACGAGCACUACGUCGACGCAAUCGCAGAAGUGCAGGCCAAGAAGAAAGACGUAA